AUGAGGGUAAUCGACCCCCAAUCCGCCGUUCUCACCAACAUCGAGGUCCUGGCCUACCUCACGGCCAACCCACCCCGCCGACCACCGAACCCUCCGCCGAACUCGCGGCACUGGGUGCCUAGCCCGGAUUUGCGGGAUCAUAAUACUGUUGUGAAAGAGAUCCACAACUACGUAACCCGCCUAUCUCCUCACCUACAGAAGUACCCGCGCUACACAACCCAGACACACUCAUCAACAACGACAGGAGGAAGCGGGGCAGGAGUAAUAUCAGGAGGGACCACUAGCACCAUCCCCGCCGCUCCAGACCCAAAAACAGCAACAGCAACCACAGGCCCGCUCUCUGACACGCCCACCCUCCCACCGCCAACCCCGGACUCAACACCCACGCCCAUAGACCAUGCUCUCCGCACGCUCGUGGCGGAAUUACAGCCCUACGGGCUAACCAAGGCGGAGGUGGUCAUGAUUCUGAAUCUGGGGGUGGGCGUGGUGGGCUCUUCUGGGAUAGAGGGGGACAGGGUGGGUGGGGUGGAUGGAGAGGAUGGUGGUGGUGGGAUGGCUGAACAUAUGGAUCUUGAUGAUUAUGGCGAUGGUGUGAAUGGGAAUGGGACAGGCGAAAGGAAUGGUGAGCAGGAAGAGGAAGGGGGCGAGGAUGGGGAGGAUUAUGGGGCACUUGCGUUGCUCGAUACUGUCAUUGAGGAUCGGGAGGAGAGGUUGUCGAACGAGGAUGUGGUUGCUGUUCUGGCGGCUAUUCGGAGGACGCUUGGCUUGGCGUGA